AUGAGGUGCCGAGACCUCAAUGCUGCACUGGGAGAAUGUAAGAGCAAUGCAGCUGCAAGGACCACUCUGUUUUUAUUUGUCUUAAUAGGCAUUUUAAAUUACUGUUUGGCAUACAAUGUUGGUCUCCCAGAUGCACAACUAUUUUCCGGUCCUUCAAAUGAACAGUUUGGCUAUGCAGUACAGCAGUUUAUAAAUCCAAAAGGCAACUGGUUACUGGUUGGUUCACCGUGGACUGGCUUUCCUCAGAACCGAAUGGGAGACGUGUACAAAUGUCCUGUUGGUCAGUCUACUGCCACAUGUGAAAAACUGAACCUGCAAGCUUCAAUAAGCAUCCCAAAUGUCACUGAGAUUAAAAGCAACAUGAAUCUUGGCUUAACCCUCAAGAGGAACCUGGGAAGCGGAGGGUUUCUUACAUGUGGUCCUCUGUGGGCCCAGCAGUGUGGAAAUCAGUAUUACACGACUGGUGUUUGCUCCAAUGUCAGUCCUGAUUUUAAGCUGUUGGCCAGCUUUUCACCUGCAGUUCAGACCUGCCCUUCCCUCAUAGAUGUCGUGGUGGUAUGUGAUGAAUCGAACAGUAUCUAUCCCUGGGAUGCAGUAAAGAAUUUUUUGGAAAAAUUUGUGCAAGGCCUAGAAAUAGGUCCCACAAAGACACAGGUAGCAUUAAUUCAGUAUGCCAAUUCUCCAAGAAUUGUAUUUAACCUGAACACUUUUAAAACCAAAGAGGAAAUGGUUUUAGCUACAUCCCAGACAAACCAACAGGGUGGAGACCUCACAAAUACUUUCAAAGCAAUUCAAUUUGCAAGAGAUUUUGCUUAUUCACCAGCUGCUGGAGGACGACGAGGUGCUACGAAAGUAAUGGUUGUUGUUACUGAUGGUGAAUCCCAUGAUGGGGCUAAGCUGGAAACAGUGAUAGAGCAAUGCAACAAUGAUAAUAUAUUGAGGUUUGGCAUUGCAGUUCUUGGUUACUUAAACAGAAAUGCCCUAGAUACUAAAAAUUUAAUAAAAGAAAUCAAAGCAAUUGCUAGUAUUCCAACAGAAAGAUACUUUUUCAAUGUAUCUGAUGAAGCAGCUCUACUUGAAAAGGCGGGGACAUUAGGAGAACAAAUUUUCAGCAUUGAAGGUACUGUUCAAGGAGGAGAAAACUUCCAGUUGGAAAUGUCACAAGUAGGAUUCAGUGCAGAUUACUCUCCACAGAAUCACAUUCUGAUGCUAGGCGCAGUGGGAGCUUUUGAUUGGAGCGGAACUGUUGUCCAGAAGACAUCUCAUGGGCAUUUAAUCUUUCCUAAAAAAGCAUUUGAACAAAUUCUGCAAGAUAAAAAUCACAGUUCAUAUUUAGGUUAUUCUGUUGCUGCAAUUUCGACUGAAAAAAGUGUCCAUUUUGUUGCUGGUGCUCCUCGGGCAAAUUACACUGGCCACAUCGUCCUGUACAGUGUGAAUAAGAAUGGCAAUGUCACGGUUAUUCAGUCUUACAGAGGAGGGCAGAUUGGCUCAUAUUUUGGUAGUGUGCUGUGCUCAGUUGAUGUGGAUAGAGACACCAUUACUGAUGUGCUCUUGGUGGGUGCACCAAUGUUCAUGAAUGACCUCAAGAAAGAGGAAGGAAGGGUCUAUCUGUUUACCAUCACAAAGGGCAUUUUGGAUAAGUACCAGUUUCUUGAAGGACCCAAGGGCACUGAAAAUGCUCGCUUUGGCUCAGCAAUUGCAGCUCUUUCAGACAUCAACAUGGAUGGCUUUAAUGACGUGAUUGUUGGCUCACCUUUAGAAAAUCAGAAUUCUGGAGCUGUGUACAUUUACAAUGGUCAACAGGACACUAUCCGCACAAAAUAUUCCCAGAAAAUCUUGGGAUCUGACAGAGUCUUCAGAAACCGUCUCCAGUUUUUUGGGAGAUCUUUGGAUGGCUAUGGAGAUCUAAAUGGGGAUUCCAUUACUGAUGUGUCCAUUGGUGCUUUUGGACAAGUGGUUCAACUCUGGUCACAAAGUAUUGCUGAAGUAUCUGUACAAGCUUUAUUCCAACCAGACAAAAUCCUCUUGCUCAACAAGAACGCUGAGAUAAUGCUAGAAAUCUGCUACAAUGCUAAGUUUAGACCUACAAGGCAAAAUAAUCAAGUGGCCAUCAUGACGAACAUCACAUUGGAUGCAGAUGGCCAUUCAUCCAGAGUGACCUCCAGGGGUGUAUUCGAGGAAAAUAAUGAAAGGGUUUUGCAAAGGAGUAUGGUACUGACUCAAGAACGAAGGUGCUCUACCAACAGGAUUCAGAUACAAAAGCCCACUGAUGUCGUCAAUGCUUUUCCUGUGCGUGUGGACAUCGGUUUGGAAAAGCCUGGCACCAGCCCUGCCCUUGAAGCCUAUUCUGAGACUGUCAAGGUUUUCAGUAUCCCUUUUCAUAAGGACUGUGCUGGUGACAAAGUUUGCAUCUCUGAUCUGGUCCUGGAUGUCCAACAGCUACCAGAUGCUCAAAACCAACCCUUUAUCGUCAGCAAUCAAAACAAAAGGUUAACAUUUUCAGUAAAACUGAAAAACAAAAAAGAAAAUGCUUACAACACUAAAAUUGUUGCUGAAUUUUCAGAAAACCUAUUUUUCGCUUCAUUCUCCAUGCCGGUUGAUGGAACAGAAGUUACCUGUGAGGUUGAUUCCCGUCCAAAAUCUGUGACCUGUGAUGUGGGGUACCCGGCUUUAAAGAACAAACAACAGGUGACUUUUAAUUUCAACUUUGAUUUUGAUCUCCAAAAUGUCCAGAAUCAGUCAUCCAUCUCUUUCCAAGCCUUCAGUGAGAGUAAGGAAUCUAAUCCAGCAGAUAAUACAGUCGACCUUAAAAUUCCUCUCCUGUACGAUGCAGAAAUUCACUUAACCAGAUCCACCAACAUCAAUUUUCACGAGGUCUCUUCAGAGGAGAAUGUUCCUUUAGUCGUGAACAAUUUUGAAGAUAUUGGUCCAAAAUUUGUCUUUUCCCUUAAGGUCACAACAGGAACUGUUCCGGUGAGCAUGGCGUCUGUAGUCAUCCAUCUCCCUCAGUACACCAAAGAAAAGAACCCACUCAUGUACCUGACUGGGGUGGACACAGACAAAACUGGUGAUAUCACUUGUAAAGCAGAAAUAAACCCACUGAAAAUAGGACAGACCUCCUCUUCUGUGUCUUUCAAGAGUGAAAACUUCUGGCACAUGAAAGAAUUGAGCUGUCCAGCUGUUGCCUGCAGUAAUGUCACCUGCUGGCUGAAAGAUCUUCACACGAAAGGAGAGUACUUCAUCAAUGUGACUACCAGAAUUUGGAAUAGGACUUUUGCUGCUUCAACUUUCCAGGCAGUACAGCUGACUGCAGCUGCAGAAAUCGACACAAAUAAUCCCCAGCUCUAUGUGAUUGAAGAUAACAUUGUCAAAAUUGCCCUUAUGAUCAUGAAACCUGGUGAGAAAGCCGAAAUACCAACGGGGGUCAUAGUAGGGAGUAUAAUUGCUGGAAUCCUUCUACUGGCAGCCCUGGUGGCAGUUUUGUGGAAGCUUGGAUUCUUCAAGAGAAAAUAUGAGAAAAUGAUGAAAAACCCAGAUGAUGUUAAUGAGACCAGGGAACUCAACAGCUGAACAGCCCCGCAGACGCCACCGCAGAGACCACGGCCGGUCACAGCCCAGCCAGGGCUUACUAUGACCACAAUUGGGUUUAUUUUUUUAAGUCCCACUUUUUUUUUAUAAUAACAGUCCAGGUAAAUUAGCCUGGCAUUAUAAAAGAGA